CGGGGCUGGACAGAAGGGGUCAGGUUUCUUGAGGCAGUUGGGAGUCCCUGGAAAUCUGGUUCCCACCUUGAGAGCCUCUUCCCAAAGGCAAUGUGCACCCAAGCGCCGGAGGGCAGAGGGCAGAAGACUUUCAUUAGAGGUGCAAAAGGAACAAUCACACUGAUCGAGGGUUCAGAAUCUGGGAUUUUAAGGUGCUCGGACCUGCCAGGAGCCUAGGUGACACCUUGCCCAGGAACCGCCUCCUCCAGCAGGUCAGAGUCGCUGAACACGGCUCCCUCUGUCCCUGUGACGAGACCACCUUCUGACAGACCCUGUGGGCUGACUCCCUACCAUGGCAGGCUGGCUCGCCCUCCCCACACUCUGCCACUUCCUUCUCCCUUGGGUCUUUGCUAUCUUCCAUAAAGCCCUGGGGGACCCAGCAUCCCACCCGGGCCCCCACUACCUCCUGCCCCCCAUCCACGAGGUCAUUCACUCUCGCCGUGGGGCCACGGCCACGCUGCCCUGCGUCCUGGGCGCCUCGCCUCCCAGCUACAAGGUGCGCUGGAGCAAAGUGGAGCCCGGGGAGCUCCGGGAAACGCUGAUCCUCAUCACUAACGGCCUGCACGCCCGGGGCUACGGGCCCCUGGGAGGGCGCGCCAGGAUGCGGAGGGGGCACCGGCUAGACGCCUCCCUGGUCAUCGCGGACGUGCUCCUGGAGGACGAGGGCCGGUACCGCUGUGAGCUCAUCAACGGCAUCGAGGACGAAAGCGUGGCGCUGACCCUGCGCCUGGAGGGUGUGGUGUUUCCGUACCAACCCAGCCGGGGCCGGUACCAGUUCAAUUACUACGAGGCGAAACAGGCGUGCGAGGAGCAGGACGGGCGCCUGGCCACUUACGGCCAGCUGUACCAAGCCUGGACCGAGGGUCUGGACUGGUGCAACGCAGGUUGGCUGCUCGAGGGCUCCGUGCGCUACCCGGUGCUCACGGCGCGUGCCCCGUGCGGCGGCCGAGGGCGGCCCGGGAUCCGCAGCUAUGGGCCCCGCGACCGGAAGCGCGACCGCUACGACGCCUUCUGCUUCACCUCGGCGCUGGCGGGCCACGUGUUCUUCGUGCCGGGGAAGUUGACGCUGUCUGAAGCCCACGCGGCGUGCCGGCGGCGCGGGGCGGCGGUGGCCAAGGUCGGGCACCUCUACGCCGCAUGGAAGUUCUCGGGCAUGGACCAGUGCGACGGCGGCUGGCUGGCGGACGGCAGCGUGCGCUUCCCCAUCACCACGCCGCGGCCGCGCUGUGGGGGCCUCCCUGAUCCCGGGGUGCGCAGCUUCGGCUUCCCCAGACCCCAGCAGGCGGCCUACGGGACCUACUGCUACGCCGAGAAGUAGGGGCCCACUGCACCCCCUCCAGCACGCGUGACAAAGUUUGGGAGUCGUGACGGGGGUCUCUCGCCGACCUUCUGCAAGCCUUCUUCCAGACGAGGAGCAGCCCCUCCAGACCUGCCCUCCCAGCCAGGGGCUGCGGGUCACGGACCCCGGCUGGCGCGGCGUCUGGGACGCGAGGUGGCAGCAACACCCCCCACACACACCCCCGGCUGCAAGGCGCAGAUAUGACUUUCAGACCCGCGGAUCGUGGACCCGAGGCGUUUUGGGUCCUCCCGGCAGAGAUUGCAGCCACUGCUAGGGGACAGAGGGGAAAGCCUGGGAGCAUUAACUGACCUCUGUGUACAACAAUAAAAUAACUUGGGGACCUUC